AUGGCAAACAGCGGAAAAGACACGAAUGGAAGCCAAUUCUUCAUCACCACCGUUAUCACCAGCUGGCUCGACGGCAAGCACGUCGUCUUUGGCGAAGUGCUCGAAGGCUACAACGUGGUCGAAGCCAUUGAAAAUUUGCCCAAGGGCAGCGGCGACAAGCCCCUCAAGCCCGUCACCAUUGCCAAGAGCGGCGAGCUCGAGGUCCCUCCGGAAGAUCUCUACGGUGUUGCGGAGCCCGCGACUCCCGGUGACAAUCUCGACGUUACGGCUGCAUCGAACAACAAGGAGGAACAGGCUACUAUUCAGUCGUCGGAAUCGGUCAAGUCGACUACUCCCGGUUUGGCCGCUGCUGUUGCUGCCGCGGCUGGUGGAUCUGCUGAGGGACUGUCGGUCGCACAAAAGGUGUUCAUCAUUGGUGGCGUCGCUACUGUCUGCACGCUUUUUCUCAAGUCUAGAGGUAACGGCAGUGGGCAUGCGAAGACGAGGAGUAUGGCUUAG